GGCUGCGUGGGGACGCGGUGCGCACGCGCGGGGAGGCGUGGCCGGCGGCCUGAGCCCGACGCGACGGCUCCCGGGUUCUGGGCCGCGGCCAGCGAACCCCUACCUCUGCGGAGCGGGCGUGGGGUGGAGAUGGUCGCCCCCGGCCGAGACGAGGCUGAGAGCUGCAAGCCUGAGAGAGAAUCUCGCCCGGGACCCAGGAGGCCAGAGGUGUGGUCUGCGCUCUGCCUUGGGCGCGCCCAAUGACCCGAGACAGUAACUGUCCCUGUUGAAGUCCCCAGAGCUCCAGUUGGAACUGAGGCACUAGCAGGUGUGUAAAGUUGGUCAUGCUUCUGUGCUGCGUGAUUUCAUUUCAUACACAGAAACAGAAGAGGGUUCCUGAGAUCACUGGUACCAUCCCUGCCUGUCACCUUCCCAAGGACUGAGACUUCAGAGACCUCAGGGACUUCUUUCAGUACUCACAGAAACCUCCUAGCCUUGGUGAUGGCACAUGGGGACUGUUUACUUACUCUUAGUCUGAAUGACUGCCACGAAGGAAGGCAAAGGUAGAGCAGUCGGAUCGCUGGCUCUCCCCAUACUUCUAAUCUCAGACUUUAUUAGACUCCUUUCUGAGCCCAAGGACAAAGCUCACUUGAACAAAUGACCUUGAAUCAUGAAUGAAAACUCUUGCUCUUUCCAUAAUGAGAAAGGAUUAAGAGAUGGACAGGUUGAAAGUGUGUGUGCUGCGUAUCCUCCACCAUAUGACAAGGACACCAGUGCUCUUCGGGCUCUCAGAGGAAUUCCUAUCUCAGAGUUGAAGAACCAUGGCAUCCUCCGGGCCCUGACAGCAGAAGCAAAUGGAUGGGAGCCACGUGUUGUGAGUGCGGAGGUGCUCAGAGCCCAAGAAGAAUGGGAAGCUGUGGACAACAUCCGGACAGAGACAGGGAGCCAGGCCAGCGCAGACCAGCCUGGGCAGCUGAUCUCCUUCAGUGAGGCUCUGCAGCAUUUCCAGACCGUGGACCUCUCUUCCUUCAAGAAAAGAAUCCAGCCAACUAUUCGAAGGACGGGGCUCGCCGCCCUCCGGCACUGCCUCUUCGGGCCUCCGAAGCUCCACCAGGGUCUCCGAGAAGAAAGGGACUUGGUCCUGACCAUUGCUCAGUGUGGCCUGGAUAGCCAAGACCCAGUGCAUGGCCAAGUCCUCCAGACCAUCUACAAGAAACUGACUGGCUCCAAGUUUGACUGUGCCCUCCACGGAGACCACUGGGAAGAUCUGGGCUUUCAGGGAGCGAAUCCAGCCACAGACCUGAGAGGAGCAGGCUUCCUUGCCCUCCUGCACCUGCUGUACCUGGUGAUGGACUCAAAGACCUUGCUGAUGGCCCAGGAGAUUUUCCGCCUGUCUCGUCACCAUAUCCAGCAAUUCCCCUUCUGUUUGAUGUCCGUGAAUAUCACCCGCAUCGCAAUCCAGGCUUUAAGGGAGGAGUGCCUCUCCAGGGAGUGUAACCGGCAGCGAAAGGUGAUCCCAGUGGUGAACAGUUUCUAUGCCGCCACCUUCCUCCGCCUUGCACAUGUCUGGAGGACGCAGCAGAAGACCAUUGCUGACUCUGGCUUUGUCCUCAAAGACUUGGAGGUGUUGGCCAAGAAGAGCCCCAAGCGGCUGCUCAAGACCCUGGAAAUCUACCUGGCUGGAGUGUCAAAGGGACAGGCCUCGUUGUUGGGAGCACAGAAGUGCUUUGGGCCACAAGCCCCUCACUCCAAGGAUCUCACCUUCACAGGCGUGUGUGACCUGCCGCCACAUUCAUCCGAAGGCAUGUGGCUGAUCUGACCAGCCCAAGGCUGACAGAGACUUAAAAGAUGGGCCACAGGGGCAUUGGGAGGGUGCACAGCGCAUUAUGCCAGGCGUACCCGGGCUGGGCCUGGUCAGGGAAGCCAAGGACCCUCACCCAUGUGAGACAUUAGGGAUAGUUAGACCCACCCUGCUCCCCACAGACCCGCCUCCAGGGCAAGGAUUUGCCAGAAUUGGAGUUGAGCUAGUUGAGAGUUGGUUUCCAGGUAAUCUCGACGAGUGGAUGGAUCAUGAGGUGGGAAGGCCCUGCCUGGAUGUUCCCCGUAUGCCCACGCUGAGAGAUAUUCCCACGCUGAGGUGCCAGAUUCUGGCUCGCUGGGCAGCUGGGCUCUCAGGCCGUGGGUGUCCACAGGACAGGGACCCUGGAGCUAGAAUUUGAAGGGAGAAGGUAGCCGUGGCAGCAGCCAGCAGGGGGCAGCAUGAACCAGGGCAAGAGGCCUUCUCUCCAUCCUCUCCCCAUCCCUCAGCCCCGCUGUUGAUGACACAGAACCGGCUGUCCGGUAGGUGUCUCCAUUGCUGCCCAUCCCAACUGCCCACCAGCUGGGCACCCCCUUGCUCACACUCCCCACCCCGUGGAGGUGUGUAGUUCCCAUCAGGGAUGGCUUUCUGGCCUGGUUGAAGGAAGGAGGAAAUUCACACACCAGCAGUUUUUGAAUAAAAGAAUUGUUCCAGGUCAAGGGCCCCAGUGGUUUUCCUCCAAGACAAGCCUUGCCCUUUCCUGUGGCCCUGUUGUUCCAGGGCCUGGUGAGAGCCAGGGGCUCCAGGAGAGAAGGUUGCUCUGCCCUGGCCAGGCUCCCACCGAGUGUAUAUGGUGUCCAUCCUGCACUUAGAGGCCAAGACUCCUUGUGCACUCUAGCCAGGGGGCAGGGCGGCCCUGGCUCUGGUUAAGAUUGCUGUGUUUUUUCCUACAUUGGCUUCUGGGGAAGCUAGUAGCUCUGUUGCUCCAUUCCUCCAGGCCAGGGUAUCCUGAGCUGGGGAGACCC